AUGAAGCCUAAUGUCGACGGAACUCGGGUAUGCGUUUGCGAAAAUUCUAAUGUGGACCGCAAUCUAGUCCAGAAAGUCUUCGGCGAGGCAGGCGCUGCCAAACAAGAUUCAUUUCAUGUUAUUCAACGGUUUACUGAGAAAGUUAAAGAACCUGCCAAACGAAAGUGGCUGACUGGGGAAUUAUCGGCAGCAAUUUACGAUAUCGAGCACAAUCUUCGCGGGGAUAUGGAGGCAAUAGUACAAAAGGCGUUAGCAAGUAUCGCACAGUCUAGCGUAAAUGUGAAAGAAUCCGAGUGGAAGCGGUGUAUAGCUAGUAAUUUGGAGCAGAUUUGGAGUGGAGAUAUGUACUUGAGCGAUAAUCAGUAUGUAGAUGAAAGCGGAAGCACCCGAAUAGUUUCGACCAGUCAGCUAGAAGCGACUCACUCGAAGUUGCGCAAGUUACUUGAUCGUGUUAUGUCAGUCCAAGUUGGUCUUCGCAUCCUUGAUAUUUUCAUCUUACAGCACAACUUGAAGACAGGAGCAAGACACCACCGCAACCCAGCUUACCCAAGCUCAGACUUCAUGACUGUAUGUCAAAGUGCACUGCUGUGA